AUGUUACUCGUAGCCCUUUUGUUUCUGUUUUACAGCGUUCGUGACGUGGAGUGUGACGACACUCACAGUGGACGGGACACCGGAGGCGCUGCUCGCACCAGCUGCAGGUCAGAGGAGGAAAACAUGGCUCGUCAAAGUAACACCUGCGCCGGUAAUCUGGCGUUUCUGUUUGCGCUCGCGCUGAUUGCAGCGCGUGUCCCGGCGGAGGCGUCCGAGGAGCAGGCGAAGACGGUGGAGUUCAACGUGAAACCGGGAGGAGUCGUGCACACCUUCUCCGAGGGCAUUGGGGAGCAUGAAUGCUCUUUCACGUACGCCUCUCAAGGAGGAACCAACGAGCAAUGGCUGAUGAGUGUGGGCCUGACUGAUGACAACAGACUGUUCUCCUGCUCUGUGUGGAGGCCUCAGGGGAAGUCGUACCUGUUUUUCACUCAGUUCAAAGCUGAACUGAAGGGAACCAAAAUCGAGUAUGUCAACGCGUAUUCUCAGUCGGCAGCAGGAGGACAGAGUGACGUGCCUUUGAAGCCAGAAGAAUUCACCAUCGGAGAAUCAACAGUGACCCACAGGGAUGGAAAGUUCAGCGCUCAACUCUCCAAACUGACCGUGAUUGGACGGACACGAAAAGACGAGCUGUAGCUGGUCAGAAGUGAAGCGCUUUGACCAAUCAGAGCAUCCCGACGAGCUCCGACUCGAGCCUCUGCUUUUCCCUCAGUGAUCGAUGAAGGAUGGAUUUCUUCCUGAGUUACAACUAAAAAUUGAAGAAGGAUAAACUGGAUACUGCCCUGACAGCACUUUGUGUCGCUACAAAAGUUACCUGAUACUUUGUUGCUAUAGUGGAUCGGAGCUACACGGGGCAAAAGGGAUCAGCUGAGUAAACAACAACAACAACAACAAAAUGCUUGCUCUGAGAUGAAGUGCUUCCAUAGUUGUUAUUUUUCUUAUGCUACAAGAUUUACAAAGAAUUGUGUCCUGAUACACUGGGGAUGUCUGUGAUUGUAUAGAGGAUGUCUGGGGGCUUUGUGGAGUAUAGAUAACAUAUUUAGACUAGGGAAGGAUUUAUCCAUCUUAUGUAAUCCCGAGAGAAAAGUGAGUAUUCCCCAAUAUCGUCACUGCGCGCACAUAAACAAUUUCCCCCGUCUGGCUCUGCUCUGAGCUGCUGUUGAGCGAACUGCCUCAUUCUGUCUUCAUCUCUCUCCGUUUAUCCGUUCCAGAUGAUUGUAAGCACCACAUUUGAUCCCCAGCAACCACCAAUCACUUCUUCUUGUGAUAAAUCUUUGUUUUGUGUUUUUGCCUGAAGCCAUAAUGCAGCAGAUAGCAGCUUUUAAACAUGUUAAGAGGACACGUGUAUUCCCACUUAUGUCUUCAAAUCUUCAUCAUUCUGCAGCAGAAGAUGCAAAUCUUUCUCAAACAAAUUCCCAUUAAAAAUGGAUCUAAUUUGAGUUUAUUGCAACAAGUUUUCAGUUACAUUGUUAACCACAGAAUACUAAAAUGUAGGGCAUGCACAGACGUUUGGAUGAUAACACGCGAGGCAAAAGAGAUGCCAGCAGGUAUCUCUGAGUCCUCCUUGAACCCUUUACUUUCAUCUUUCGGUGCCACAUGUGUGGAUCAGCGAGGAUAAUGUGCAGGUUUCACAUGGACUUCAUUAUUU